AUGGGAUCAGAGCGGAUGGAGAUGCGAAAGAGGCAGAUGUCGGUGCAGCAGGAGUCGGCAGCGGGAACUGCACCGGCCCAGCAGGGCCAGCCGGGCCAGGCCAACCCACGGGGCUCAAAUGCAUGUUGCUUCUGCUGGUGCUGCUGCUGUAGCUGUUCCUGUUCAUAAACUGUCUAUCUCACUAUUAGGAAUGAAGACCGGGAUGAAAGGAACCGAAAGGCUUCCUAUGACGUCAAAGAAGGGACCGCAGACUGUGAAGACUGCCCGAAGCCCACGCUGGAGGAGGUGUGCUCGUGGGGGCAGUCGUUUGACAAGCUAAUGUGUUGCCCAGCGGGUAGGAACUCCUUCCGGCAAUUUCUUCGCACCGAGUUCAGCGAGGAGAACAUGCUCUUCUGGUUAGCCUGUGAGGAGUUCAGCAAAGACGACAAUAAGACUGCGGUGGAGGACAGGGCACGCGUCAUCUAUGAGGACUACAUCUCCAUUCUCUCGCCCAAAGAGGUGAGCCUUGACUCCCGCGUGCGCGAGUCCAUCAACAGGAACAUGCAGGAACCCAACUUGCAGACGUUUGAAGACGCCCAGCUGCAGAUCUACACACUAAUGCAAAGAGACUCGUAUCCCCGCUACAUGAACUCCUCAGCCUACAAAAACCUGCUCAACACUCUGUCAGAGCAGUCCCCCGAAUCUUAG